UUCAACAAACUCGGCCAGUGUCAUUCGUAAUAAAAACGUUGUUGUUGUGUCUUAAAACUCUAUAUCUCUAUCGCUGUCUCUAAAGAACAGAAGAUCCAAAACAAUGGCGAUUCUUCUCUUGCUUCUAUUCCUUCCCUUUCUCUUCUCGUUAAUGAUGAAAAAGAUAAGGAAUUCGAAACAGAAUCUGCCUCCCGGCCCAGCAAAACUUCCGAUCAUCGGAAACUUACACCAGCUAAAAGGGAUGCUUCACAGAUGUCUUUACGAUCUCUCCAAGAAACACGGACCCGUGAUGCAUCUCCGUCUAGGGUUUGUCCCAAUGGUUUUGCUCUCAUCGAGUGAAGCAGCUGAAGAAGCUCUUAAAACACAUGACCUUGAGUGUUGCACACGCCCUAACACAAACGCCACAAGGGUUUUCUCCCGUAACAACAAAAACAUCGGCCUUGGGGCAUACGGUGAUGCAUGGAGAGAGCUUCGUAAGCUUUCAGUUCGUGAGUAUUUCAGCGUGAAAAAGGUUCAAUCUUUCAGGUAUGUUAGGGAGGAAGAGACUGAAUUGAUGGUCAAGAAACUAAGAGAAUUGGCUUUGAAGCAAUCUCCCGUCGAUUUGAGCAAAACCCUCUUUUGCCUAGCUGCAAGUAUCGUGUUCAGACCUGUCUUUGGACAGAGUUUCUUAGAGAACAAGCAUUUCAGUGAAGAUAAGAUCGAAGAACUGGUGUUUGAAGCGCAGAGAAGCUUAACUUUCAAAGUCUCUGAUCUUUUUCCUAUUCCUGGUCUUGGAUGGUUUAUAGGCUUUGUGUCAGGCCAACAUAAGAGGCUUAACAAUGUCUUCACUGAGGUUGAUACUUUUCUUAAUUAUAUAAUUGAUGAUCAUCAAUUACAGAUAACAAAUCAAGAUCAUCCUGAUAUCGUAGACACUCUCUUACAAAUGAUACAUAAACAAGAACAUGAUAAAUCUUUCAAGCUCACCAUUGAUCAUCUCAAAGGAAUUAGCCAAGAUAUAUUUCUGGCUGGGAUAGACACAAGUGCUAUCACCAUGAUUUGGGCGAUGGCAGAGCUCGUUAGAAAUCCGAGAGUGAUGAAGAAAGCUCAAGACGAGAUCCGAAAUUGCAUUGGUAUUAAGGCGAGAAUCGAGGACGAAGAUGUCAAUAAGCUUCAGUACUUGAAGCUUGUGAUCAAAGAAACCUUAAGACUACAUCCAGCAGCUCCUCUUUUACUUCCAAGAGAAACAAUGGCUGAUAUCAAGAUCCAAGGCUACGACAUUCCUCGAAAAACACUUCUUUUGGUUAACGCAUGGUCGAUAGGACGAGAUCCGAAAUACUGGAAAAACCCUGAGGAGUUUAACCCGGAGAGGUUUAUCGACUGUCCUGUGGACUACAAAGGACAAAACUUUGAGUUUAUUCCCUUUGGCUCUGGUCGUAGGAUUUGUCCUGGAAUGGCUUCGGGUCUUGCGACCAUUGAAUUGGCACUCUUGAAUUUGCUUAACUUCUUUGAUUGGAAAUUGCCUGACGAGAAGAAAGAUAUGGACAUGGAAGAAUCUGGUGAUGUCACUGUUGUUAAGAAAGUUCCUCUUGAGCUUUUACCUAUCCUUCGCCAUUGAUGUGGCCAUUGAAUCUUGAGGAAUGAUAUAUAAUAACUGUGUAAUGUAUCUGUUGUUGAAAUAAAAAGUGUCAUGUUGUUCUGAAAUAAAUGUAAUUUUGAUGUCCAUUGGGCUGUUGAGAUUCAAUAAUUG